AUGGCUUUCCAAUUCCCUGAACCCCUUGAUGUUGCUAAGUAUGCUCUCUUUGGAUCUGUCGUGAGAGCAGUACAAUUAUCUAUCUGCGGUAGAGAUGGUAAUCCAUUAAGAUACAAGCCAUUAGGGUAUGUCUACUCCAUUGCCUUUUCCAUAGCCGUAUUCACUGGAAUAAGUCAAAUAACUAAAAGAAAUGAAGAAUUAUUAGAAAGGAGAUUAAUUGCAUUACAAGAACAGAGACAACAAAGAGCUGAACUUUUUGGCGAUUCUACUCAACCUCCAAGACCUGAAUUCCAAGGUAUCAAGAGAGGUAAGUUCUUUGACUUCAUGGAUCAAUAUUCUACUACCAAUAAAUAA